AUGAACAAAAAUAUAAGUGACACAGAUUCUCAAUUGGACGACGUUUUUGCAGCUCUCGGCGAUCCUUUAAUUAAAGGUCUGACCGAAGUGGCAAACGUGAAACCUAAGGAUCCGGUUGCAUUCCUCGCUAGUUUCCUACAAAAUUUUCCAGAUAAAGAAAAGCCUCAAUUAGGUACGCAGGAAACAAAUGUGAUAGUGACACGACAGGCGGCUGAGGUGGAAAAUGACCAACCACCACCGCCGGUGCAGCCUUUAAAGGGAGCCAGGAGUGGGUCGCGAACUGCCACGAAGACUCACCGACCGAUCGAUGUCGUCACUGUCGACCCUCAAGCCGAAAGUAGUCCAGAUGGUCCAGAAGCAGCAUUCAGUAGCGCAACACGGGAUGAGCAUGGACAGUCAAUGCUACAUUUCGCAGCGGCUCGCACCCACACACGUAACGCUCUAUUCCAAUUGCUUCAAGAGUCCGACAUAAGUCUAGGGUACAGAGAUGAACUAUACAGAACCGCCCGCGACGUUUCUAUACAAGCCAACGUGCUGGAGAACACCGGAGAAAUAGACAGAUGGGUGUUACAUUUAGCUGCGAGAGGGAAUAAGGAGAAGAUAAUGGAACUAUUGUUGGAAGGUUACGAUCACAUCCUGGACGUUGUGGACGAAGACGGUGUGAAUAUAACUGAUGUAAUUGCGCAGCGCGGGGACAGCGAGAUGGGUAGUCUGCUCGAGUCCAUACCUACAUUCGAGGAGUCUCGAGAAUCCCUCCACGGGGCCGUGCGACGUGGAGAGUUGUCAGCGGUCGAAGAAGCAUUAUCGGCAGAGGGCGGGCGAACUCUAGCUCGCGCGCAGAACUCAUUCGGCCGAACCGCUCUCCACAUAGCUGUGUUGGCUCAACAUGAAGAAGUCGUUGCAUAUUUAGCACAAAACCACUCAGAGUUACUACGGAUUGGUGACAAUUUGGAGCGCACUCCACUACACUACGCAAUGGGAGUGGAGAAAAUAGAAUCCCUAAGUAGGGUACUAAUCAGAGCUGGCGCGAAACGAGUUCUCAAAGACCUAAAGGGUCGACAACCCUCCUACUACUUCAUGAAUAAGUCGGACAUACUGCGGCUAAAGGAAGAGGAAGAAGUGUACUGAAACUGAAAGAAACAUAAGAAACUAGUGAAGAAUAACGUUGUGAUCAUGACAAAGAAUGUACCUACAGCUGUAUAAGAUUGUUUGGAAAUGCAAGAGACAGAAUUUGUGUCAUAGGCGCUUCUUGUAUUGCACUAUAUAGCAAAUGGCAAUAUUUUUAUUAGAAAUUAAUGUUGAACCAAAUUAUUAGUCGUGUGCCGAAUAAUAUCGAGUAGUGAUCGUCCUUUUUCUAUGAUAUUACAUGUAAUUUGUACUUGA